AUGGCGGCGGAGCGAGAGCCUCAGGACUACCAGUACGCGAGCGAGUCGCUGGACCAGUUCGCCACGUACGAGGACUACUUGGACUCGCAAUUGAGCGAGACCGACCUGUUCUACCUCGAGGAUGAAGAACUCGCUCGUCAGCUGGUAGAACUGGGCUAUCGUGGAAGUGGCGAGACACUUCGGCGGGACGACUUUGAAGCGCGGAAGCGAGCUGAACGAGAGCGCAAUGCACAGAAGACGAGUGCUCCAAAGCCACUUGCAAGUGCGGGGAAAGACCUCUCGCAGUGCCCGUUCUUGGCAGCUUUGGCGAGCCGAGAAGAUCUCGUGCGCAACGGGAAGCUGACGUGUAUUAUCUUCAUUCGAGACAAGAACGUGAAGGGGCAGGAGAUUAGCGGGUACAUUGACUACGCGCUGCGUCUAAAGAACGAGCCGUUUGAACCGUACUUUGAGCGCAAGAAGAAGCUGCUCCCGAAGUCGUCGGACCUGAGCUACUACAACUGGGAGACGCAGACAUCCACUUCGAACUCGACACCGAACUUCCAGGUGAUCGCUGAUAGCGAGACGGGUCUUCUAUUCAAGAACAAACGCGAUAGGAAGGUAGUGAACGUCGACCCAAAGGCAAACCCUGGUGACAACUCGACACGAACUGAGAUCAAAACGAAGGAAUACUUGCAAGUUGUGAUCUACGAUCACAUGACUCGCCGCAAGACCUAG